UCCAGGCAGAAGUUCCCCUCCCACUCGCUCGCACAUGCUGCCGAGCCGCCACCACCGCCGCCGCCAGCUGGAAGAGCCGCGCAUUCUCGGCCGCUGACCUUCCACUUAGUCCGCAGGCUGCCCCCUGGCAAGUCACCUUCGCUUACGGCGGGCAAGGCAUGCCCCUGACCUCCUGGGUGGCCCUUUCCGCCAGGACGCUUAGCGGGGAGGCUGAUCAUGAACCCUCAAUGCGCCCGCUGUGGCAAAGUCGUCUACCCGACCGAGAAAGUCAACUGCCUGGAUAAGUACUGGCACAAGGGAUGUUUCCAUUGUGAGGUCUGCAAAAUGGCUCUAAAUAUGAACAACUACAAAGGAUAUGAAAAGAAGCCUUACUGCAAUGCACACUAUCCAAAGCAGUCCUUUACUACAGUGGCAGAUACCCCUGAAAACAUUCGACUAAAACAGCAAAGUGAAUUGCAAAGUCAGGUCAAGUACAAGCGAGACUUUGAAGAAAGCAAAGGAAGAGGUUUCAGCAUUGUUACUGACACACCUGAAUUACAAAGACUGAAAAGAACUCAGGAGCAAAUCAGUAAUGUCAAAUAUCAUGAAGAUUUUGAGAAGACAAAAGGCAGAGGGUUCACUUCGGUAGUGGAUGACCCUGUAACUGAACGGGUGAGAAGGAAUACCCAAGUGGUUAGUGAUGCAGCAUACAAAGGUGUUCACCCACAUAUAGUUGAAAUGGACAGGAGACCUGGAAUAAUUGUGGCCCCUGUGCUUCCUGGGGCCUACCAACAAAAUCAGCCCCAAGGAUAUGGUUACAUGCACCAGACUAGUGUGUCAUCUAUGAGAUCAAUGCAUUCACAGCCACAUUCAGCUAGCUUGAGAACUUAUAGAGCUAUGUAUGACUAUAGUGCCCAAGAUGAAGAUGAAGUUUCCUUCAGAGAUGGUGACUACAUCAUCAAUGUACAACCAAUUGAUGAUGGUUGGAUGUAUGGUACAGUUCAAAGAACUGGGAAGACUGGAAUGCUUCCAGCAAAUUACAUUGAGUUUGUUAAUUAGUCCAGCAUUAACUCUUACGAGCAUUUUGAUUUAUCUAUAAUCUUUUUAAACAAAGUAUUUUUAAAACCACAACUUUAUGAUUUCCCUGUUAGUGUAACAAUCUGUGAUCAUAUACUAAAGUCAACAUAUAGCCCUAUAGGGAAUCUAGGAAUGCUGAGCUCUGAAAGCAUGAUACUUAAAAUGAUUUAUAAAAAUACACUGAUGGUGGAAUUUGAUUAAUUUCGGUUAGAUCCCAAAUAGAAUACUGCCUUUAAAGUAGGUCGUGUUUCUCAUUUGAAUUAUAAGUAUAAAACAACUGAUAUUUUUUUAUUGUGUGACUUUGAAAUUGUAAGAGGUAUAGCUUGCUGUUGAGGUUUGCGUUAUUAAAAAAAAACCAAGUGCAUCGAAUCAAUGUUUUUGUUGUAAUGAAUGACAUGAUCAAAAGUUGCUUACUAUUGCUUUGCAUACCAUGUCCUUAAUGAUGAAAGGUUCCUAUUACCUAUAGUUGUCUAAUCUAUUGUCUUUACUCUAAAGUUCUCGUUUGUUCUUUUUCUGCUUAGACUAGCCAAAGUACUAGUUGACAUGCCUGCUGAAUCAUUAACUGUAUGAGUCUUUCGGAGCAGUUAGUGACAAAUUCACAAUGCUCUUGUUAAAUUCUGUUUUCUGUUGUGUUAAUACCAUAUAGUUUAUAUAUAAAAACCAUUACUUAAAACAUCUUUCAAAUUAUAUCAAUAUUUAACAUUUUCUGCUAUCACAAUGGGAGUUUUCAGUGGAAGCGACUACAGGUAGUCCUCAACUUAUGACUGUUCUAUUGCUAUUGCUAUUGUUCAUUUAAUGAUAGUUCAUAGUUAAUGAUGGACUCAGAAAAAGUGACUUACAAUUCCCCCUUGAAAUUAUGCUCAGUCACAUGAUGGCAAUUUAGAUGCUUGGCAACUGGCAAUGGCUCUUAUUUAUGACAGUUGCAGUAACUUGCAGUCAUGUGAUUGCAAUUUGUGACCUUCACAGUUGACUUCUAACAAGCAAAGUCAAUUGGGGAAGCUGGAUUGGGCCAAGUCACAUGAUGAGUCAUUUAAUGUCCAUAUUGUUAGAAACAAAAAUUAUUGUCCUAAUUGUGGUCAUAAGUUGAGGACAACCUGUAUACUUUAUUUGCAACAGUGUAAUGGAUUGGUAAUAGAUUUUAGUUACAAUAUGAAUGUAAGCUUAGAUUUGAAUUUAGUGAAUCAGCAGGGUUCUUCCCACCAACUUAAUUUUAAAAAGCUAGAUUUUCAGUAGACUUCCAUUCUUCCUUGUCAACAUAACUUGCCAAUAUCUCUAAUAAUUGAAUUAUGACAUCAGAAAUUUUCCCUUUGCAGAAAGAGUUUUUAAGUUUUAAAAAUACUUUUAAGUUUCAAAAAACUCUUAAGGAUUUAGAGGUUGAUAUCUGCUUAAAUACACUGGCUAAUAUAAGCAUAACAACAAAAUACUUUGUAGAUAUAUUUAAAAGUUGUUUGGAGUUGAUGAUAUCCAAUGGAGUUACUGUAGCUAGUAAAAAAAAUUGGCAGACUGUCCCAAAUGUAAUAAUUGUGGGAGUUGUCUAGGACAAGGAAAGAACAUAUAAAGUCCCAUAAGGUCAUAAACAAUCAAGAUGAAAUGUAUUGUAUAAGGCAGCAUUUUAAGUUCCCCACACUGCCUACAGAUUUCUUACUAUUUUCAUAGGCCUGUGCUAUCUUGGUAAAACCUAAGCUAACCAAGUUUUUCUUGGUUUUACUUUUACUGUUGGAGUUGAUGUGAUCAUCAAAAAUGUGAUCAUCUAAAAAUGAAGUAUUAGAGGUUCAUGCAUAACUGAAGGGCUAUA